CUCGACCCCCUCUUGCUGCGGCCAACCCCCUCCAGGCAACGCGCUCAACGCUACGCCACGUGAAGCCCAGCUCCCAUCGCGUUCUCGCCUUCAAGAGGCCAUCGCGUUUGUGCGGUCGAGCAUGAUUUGCGCGUAGCGCGUUGGAAUGGGAAACGAUGCACUGCAACAUACAUCGGGCAGUGGGGAUUAGAUGGAACACAAGAGAAGGCCCGUGAAGCGGGUGAUCUAUGAGGUACGUCUGAAAAUUCAAUGCUACAAUGCAUUGACUGAUAAUAUAUACUUUCCAUGAUUUACUGCACACACGCACAACAGCCCACACUCACUCUCCACACCCAUCGUUUCCCGCGCUUUUUAGCGUCUCUCCCAUCAACAGUCACCAUGCAAAUUCAUCACGACAUCGCCUCUCACCCAUAUUGUCCCGAGUCUGAUGCCUCAACCCACACCCGACGCAAUAUUUGGAGCCCAUCCGAACCUACCCAGUCCAUCCGUCUCACAAGCAACCCAUUCGCCCCACUCAUCUCCAGCUGUCCCCCUUCCAUCAUCACGACUGGCACCCGCAUUGCCUGCCCUCCUUCUCCAAAGCGAGCAGCACCCGAAAUUACCUCACCAUACCACCACGCACCAUCCCCGCCUCACGCUCAAACCUCUCCAUGUGGCCCUCCUUCCACCUGACUCCUGCGCUCUCCCACGUAUGUUGAGGCGCGCUCUCGAAGAUCUCGUCAGUCUGGGGAAAUGGAAGGCCAGGUUUAGUUCUGAAAGUUCUUUUUUGCCCCCCUAG